AUGGCUCUCUCAUCCUCUGUUUCCUCUUCCUCUGCCAUCUCCUUCGAAUCCGAAACCACCCGGGAGGUGACCCCGGAGUUCAGUCCCAUAGCAGCCUACGAGGCCCGUGCUCAUCCGCAUUGGGAUGCAGAGGAAUGGGAUUUCCAGGUUUGGUCAGAGGACGAUGAGUCCUUGACCAACGGUGAAGACCUCCUGCUUCUUUUUGACGGGGAACUGGAUGAAGACGACGACGACAUCUCCUGGGAGGGAGAUUUCUUCUCCUCAGAAGAAGAACCCGAGGACACAUCAUCCGAUGAUGACUCGACGGCAGGAGAGUUCUUCCGCGGUGGGUACUCGGAGGAGGACGAAGAGUCCGACGACAAAAUCAGCGACAGCAACAAUGAUGGCGGACCCGACAGCAGCAAUGGCAGCAGCGAUAGCGACGACGACGAUGACAGCAGCGCAGCCCCUCCAUCCAAGCAUCGCAAUGUCCUGGGCUCCUACUGGUGGUAG